UCAUAGCUGUGCAGACUGCAACAGAAUGUCUCUGCAAUAUUAUGCAUCUGGGGUCGUCUUUGCUGCUACUCUUUUGGGAGUGGGUGCCUUUAAUGGAUAUUACCAGUAUAAUACUCAGACGUGCCAUUUCAACCCAAAUAAUUUGAGUGAUGUGGAGUUAAUUUAUACCUCCUGGUUUAACAAGGAUCCAUACAUACGGUUCAACAGCACUGUGGGGGAGUAUGUGGGAUACACGGCACAUGGGGUGUAUAAUGCAGAGAUAUUUAACAAAGAUCCAGCGGAGAUGGCACAGAUGCGGGGGGAGAAGGACAGAUACUGCAAGAACAAAUCCCGGUUUUAUAAUGCCAUACUGUCAAAGACUGUUGAGCCAGAGGUGAUGCUGAGUAUGGGGAGGCCUCCAAGUGGUGGUCAUCCUGCCAUGCUGAUGUGCAGCGCGUACAACUUCUACCCGAAGAUGAUCCGUGUGAAAUGGUACAGAGAUGACCAGGAGGUGACCACCGGUGAUGUGAUAUCCACGGAGGAGCUGGCGGAUGGAGACUGGUACUACCAGAUGCACUCCCACCUGGCGUUCACCCCCAAAGCUGGAGAGAAGAUCUCCUGUUCAGUGGAGCACGCCAGCCUGAAGGAGCCCAAGGAGUUGGUCUGGGACUCCUCCAUGCCUGAGCCAGAGAGGAACAAGAUUGCCAUCGGGGCAGCAGGUCUGGUGUUGGGCCUCAUCGUCACUGCUGCAGGCUUCAUCUACUACAGGACCAAAGCCAGAGGGCGGAUCUUGGUACCUAGUGGCUAGAUUCUGUCACAUUACACUGAACUGAGAAUCAAUCAAGGCACCUGUCAAGAUUCAGAUUCAGAGAUUCAGAGAGAUUUAUCAAGAAAUCUAUCAUCGAUAUCAGGGAUAGUUGUUCUUUGUCUUUGUCAUCAAGAUUGCUGCCUGUAUUUUGCUGUCUUUUCUCCAAACCUAUAAUAGAUAUCUAAAUUACAUGUAUCCCUGUCCAAUAUACUUUUUUGAGAGGAAGAUAAUAGAGCGCUUUAAUAUUUAUUUUCUGCCACGUUUAAGUCCUGUAUGGAAACACUGUUUGACUGGAGUGUUUGUAGAUUCUGUCCAGUUUCAUUAGUGAGCCUUUGGCACCCUCUGUAGGACAAUAUUAGGGCCUGCAGUUAUAUUCUCCUGAGAUUGUGAAUUGUUGUUCAUAAGUUGUUUUCUCUUCUGUAAAGAUAUUUUUUCCAGCUAGAUGUAAUCAAACCACUCUAUAAAUAUGUUUUUCUUUACCAUAAUUUCUGAUGAAUGUCUAAGGGAAUUUACUCUGUUGAUUCUUAUAUGGGAAAUGGAAGGCCAGUCUGAACUAUAGACAUUUGCAGGGCUUUGUAAACUUACAUCAUAGAUGUUUCAAAAUUGGUUUAAGCAAAUUAUGCAGAUUGAGAUUUUCAUUGUUUUGUGCUUCAACAUCCAAAUAAACAGACUUUCAUCGUCAUCUUCUAAAUCAUUUUA